AUGGAGCUCUCAUUAUUGAAUUCAUUCGCAAAGACCACACUUACAAAAUGGGGUGAAGGGGGGGGGGAUGGAGGCUUAUUUUCUCUCCUUUGGCUUCUUCCCACUUUUCCGCUUCCCUGUCUGCUCUUGUUCCCCUGGCUGAACUUCUUUCCCGCCCCUGUUUCCACUUCUUCCCUACUUCUGUCGUCGAACUUCCUCCCACUCCACUUCUCCUCCCACUUCCUGGCCACUCAACUUUUCCCCAGCGUCCAACACCAUUCGCACAUCCAGCUGAAGGAAGUGCAGGAGGAAUUGAAAGCCGUGUCCAGGCGAGCAGAGGAGCAGGCACGGGAUGCUGCCUUGGACAAGGAAGCCUUGGAGCAGGGCUCGUCAGCAGAGCAGGCUGAGCUGGUGGCCAGGCUGGCGGCCGCUGAGCAGCGAUUGGAGGAGAGCCGGGCUGCAGAUGGCCGGCUGAGGGAGGAGGUGCGGGAGAAGGAGGCGCAGGUGCAGGCGCUCUCCAGGGAUCUCGAGGAGGGACGGGCUGCAGACGGCCGGCUGAGGGAUGAGGUGCAGAAGAAGGAGGCGCAGCUGCAGGCACGCUCAAGGGACCUCGAGGAGACACGGGCUACAGACGGCCAGCUAAGAGAUAAGGCGAAGGAGUUGGAGCAGCGCUUGACUUCAAAGCGGGACAGGCUGGCAGACAGUCUGGCGGCCACCAUGCAGCAACUGGAGGACAGCCCAGCGGCAAAUGCCCAGGUUCUCUGCUUAAAUAUGCCCCCCUGUUUCUUCUCCUCCAUCUCCAUGACCACUCAUUCCUCACCAUUUGCACAUGCUGUUGAAGGCGGUGGGCAGGCGAGCACAGGAGCAGGUGCAAGGAUGCCGUGUGAUGUGAACCCCCUCUCGACUUUUCCUCUGCGCCCCAAUGCCUCACAGGCGGAGGAGCAGGUGCAGGCAGCCGUGCGGGAGAGGCAAGCCCUGGAGCAGCGCCUGGAGGACUUGGAGCUCUCAACGACGGACCAGGUGAGCCUUUUUUUCCACCUUAGGCGCUGGCCUCACGUCCAACCUAGCAACGAUGUGGGUUAG